ACCCCGCUCUCGCACCACGCCGGCCCCGUCCUCUGCGCACGCGUGCCACGCCUGCUCGCGCGCUCGCGUGCCGCGCCCGCCCACUUGCCUGCGCACGCGCACCACGCCCGUUUGCGCGUCCGUCUCCGUGGAAGCUUUUUUUGCCUAGCUGCGUUAAGUAGCAUCCACCAUGGCGGAGAUGGCAGAGCUUUGCGAGCUGUACGAAGAAAGCAACGAGCUGCAGAUGGACGUGCUGCCCGGCGAGGGCGACAUGGAGGUAGGCCGCGGGGCCCGCGGGCCGGCCGCGGAGGAGGGCCCCAUGGAGGAGGAGGCCGCGCCGUCCGCCCGCGCCCAGCGCGGCCUGUUCGCCGAGGCUGGCGCAGACCUGGAGGGCGACGAGUUUGAUGACUGGGAGGACGACUACGACUUCCCGGAGGAGGAGCGCUGGAGCGGCGCGAUGCACAGGGUGUCUGCCGCGCUGGAGGAAGCCAACAAGGUGUUCCUGAGAACGGCGCGCGCCGGCGAUGCCCUGGAUGGCGGCUUUCAGGCGCGGUGCGAGAAGAGCCCUUUCGACCAGCUAGCUUUUAUCGAAGAGCUGUUUUCGCUGAUGGUUGUCAAUCGACUGACCGAAGAGCUCGGCUGUGAUGAGAUCAUUGAUCGAGAGUAAAUGCUGACGAAAGAGGAGGAAACUACCUGAGAGGGAGAGAUUCAACAUUCUGCUAUUUUUGGGUUCAUUCCAAAUAGUUUUGUGCACACACACACAAAAAACGGUUUUUGUUUCUCGGAGUAGAAGACAAGACAGUGAGUGACCGUGCAGUUGUGGAAAAGGAGAAUCAAGGAAGAAGGGGCUCAGCAAAUAGCUCUGGCUCAGACUGUUGAACGAGAUGAUUUUCCUUGCGUCGGAGAACUUUCUCGUGUUAAGCUUGUAAAGAUGGUUUUGCAAGAGAAAAUCGUGACUGCCAAUACAAGAAUCUAAUGAAAGAAUAAGGAAAAAAUACAUCCACAAGAUAACUUUGAUUCGAACUGAAAGCCUUUUGAGAAAACUUUCCAAAUUCUAUUUUGUGGUUUAUGUAAAUCAGUUAUCAAAAGCUGAAUUUGAGAUUUAAGAUUGAGUAUUCAACCCCAAAGGAUAAGCAAAGUAGUUAUGCGUGUAUAAGUGUAGACGUGUUAUCAUGUGUACUGUUAUCUUAAAAUGUGUUACAGAAGCUACUGGAAUUUUGACUGCACUUGUAUCUUCAUGAUUUAUAAAGCUACUGUGAUCUAUAAUUUGGAAAAAAAAUCCAUUGUGAUGAUUUUUAAAGUUAAAAAAACAACCAAGAUUUCUUUUUAAAGUUUUAAGUUCAUGUAUUAAAAUGUGUGGGAAAGCCCAAAGAAAAACUUUCUAAUACCCUUUUAUACUAGGGACAUUUUGCUUGCUGUUUUUUUUACCUUGACAGAUGGUAAGACUAUAGCUGAACUUCAUAUUGUGAGAACUGUUUGUGAAAAUUGUCAAGAACAAGGAAAUCCUACCCGUAUCUAUAAAAGAUUUUGUGAGCUAUUAUGCUGUCAAACUUUGAAGGUUUUUAACCUGCUCAGAAGUUCACCUGGGUACCUGAUACUCAUAUUCUCUCCUCUCUCCCUCUCUUCCUCUCCCUCCUUCUAAUUAUGCUUGUUAGUCCUUAUGCACCAGCAUUGGCGAUAAUAAAUUUUCCUGUUAUGUCUA